GCCCGAGGAUCCCGAGCCGUCCUGCAGCUAUACCCUGAGAACUCAGAACAGCUGGAGCUCAUCACAGCCCAAGCCAUGAGAGCUGGCUUUACUGGGGGAAUGGUGGUAGAUUAUCCCAACAGCGCUAAAGCCAAGAAAUUCUUCCUUUGUCUCUUUGUUGGGGCAUCUGGCACGUUACCGAAGGGCCUUGGUACUGAGUGUGCUGAUGGAGAAGAGAUACAUCAGGCAAAGUUCACCAAUGAGAGGACGCGGUUCAGAAACGCCAAGGGCAAGUCUGUGAAGAAAAGCCGGGACUGGAUCCUUGAGAAGAAGGAGCGUAGACGACGACAGGGCAAGGAAGUGCGAGCAGACACGAAAUACACAGGUCGAAAACGCCGCCCUCGCUUCUGAAUUGCUCUGGACGCUGCUGGCAUGGAAGAUGGUGUGUUGGUCCCUUCAGUGAGCCUCCUGU